AUGGAAUCAGGUCUUCCUACAACUUUCCGCAAGGGCGCUACAGCACUCAUCACAGGAGCCGCUUCAGGCAUCGGACUUGCAACAGCACAACGAUGCCAUUCACACGGAAUGAACCUAGUGCUUGUCGACAACAAUGCCGCAGCCCUUUCACAGGCAACAGCGAACUUCCCUUCCGACGAACACAACCCCACCACCACAAGCCAUAUCCUCGAUGUCUCAUCAUUCGAUGCAUGGCGACAAUUGGUUCCUAAACUCGAAUCCCAAUUCCCAGACGGUAUAGAUUUCCUGAUGCUCAAUGCCGGCGCGGGUAUCAGUCCGAACGGGGGUACGGGGAUGUGGGGGGAUCCGACAUACUUCGAGAAGACUUUUGCAAUCAACACGAUGGGCUAUACGAAUGGCAUCGUCGCCCUUUUGAAAAUGAUUACCCGGAACAAAGAUGUCGUCCGGUCUAUUGUCUUGACGGGCUCAAAGCAGGGAAUUACUAAUCCGCCUGGUAACCCGGCCUACAAUGCCUCCAAGGCUGCUGUGCGGUCUAUUGCCGAGCAUUUGGCGUUCGAUUUAGAUAAAGAUGCUCCGAAUGUUAGUGUUCAUUUGUUGAUUCCUGGUUGGACUUAUACUGGUUUCAACGCGGGAUACUUCAGGGAGAAGCCGGCGGGGGCGUGGACUUCUGAGCAGGUGGUUGAUUUCAUGAUGGGGAAAAUGGCCGAGAAGAAGUUUUAUAUUUUGUGUCCGGAUAAUGAGGUUUCGGAGGAGAUUGAUCGAAAGCGCAUUCUGUGGUCUACUGGGGAUAUCGUGGAGGGUCGACCCCCGUUGUCUCGUUGGAGGGAGGAGUGGAAAGAAGAUGCUAAGCGUGAGAUUGAAGGUUAG